AGUCUUACAUUAAUCUAAUUGUCAAUGUCAGAUUAUUCUUAAAGAAAACCAAUAAUACUUAAAAUUAAUGAAAGAAACAGUAAUUUCCAGUAUCAUCUUAACAACAAACUUUGUAUGAUUUUUUAAAGAAUUGUUAAAUAUGCAUAACAAAACCACCCGAUUUGGUGUUCCCUGGAAAUCACAAACCUCAGGUUUAAUUGGACCAAAUACGUACACCGUCAUAUGUAAAACACAGCUCAGUAACCGAGUUCCUUUUUUAAGUUCAUCCAGAUUAGAGCCUUCAUAUUUGAACCCAUCGUUCUGUAGUACCUUCUAUCAACUUCCAGAUGAUGCAAAACAUAAAAAGUUGGGCUGCUCUCCACAGUAUACAGCUUCUAGAACAACCAAGAUCGACAACAUAUCCCCUGGACCAGAAGCAUAUGACGUUAAACCUGUCAAAUGUAUGACACAAGCGGAUAGAAUUGCAGAUCACGAAAAAGUAAAAAAACUAUAUGUUUGUCGAGUUCCCUACACCCUUGUUGGAUCCGGACCUUCGGUCCCCACUAAGCGUAAUGCUAAUGGUUAUUCUAUGAAUCCUUUUGGAGAUGUCAAGCCACUUCCUCCCACCUAUCAUGAUACUACAUUGGGUCCAGCGUUUUAUGACAUGUUGCAAAAAUCGCGUUACGAAAAGCAAUACAGAGGCAUCGAUUGGCGUUGCAGCAAGACAAAAAGAGAUUCCUACAAAAUAGACACGAACAUUCCUGGACCGGCGGACUAUUCUCUAACGAUACCUACGUGUCGGCGCAACCAAGAAGACGAGGAAUUCCGCGAGAUGGCGCGUCUAUAUACUUUCCUUCCGCGAUAUAUGGACAAGCAAGAAAUGAUCACUAGAAAUAAUAACUACCCUGCACCCGGCACAUACAAUAUCGACAACGGAGAUACUUGCAGAAUUUGCCCUCCUCUUAAGUCAACGGCAUUUUUAAGCAGAAGCAAGAGAUUUAAGUACGAAUAUUCAAAUACACCUUCUGCCACAGCGUACCAAUUUUCUCCAAGGAAAUACUCUAUAUCGAAAUUAAAAGUCCCUUUUGGAAUAGCUAGUUCACGGUUUUCUCGCAAGAAAACUGCUGUUACACCCGGUCCUGCUGAAUACUCAAUUAAGGGUGCAAUAAGUGAACAUCUGGAGAAGAGUCUAGAAUAUUCUGUGUUCAAACCGCCGUUUGGAAAAUCCGCUCUUAGAGAAACGAUAGAAUUCUCGAAGGACCUACUCAAUGUGCCUUCGCCUCAGGCGUAUAGUAUCCAAGAUGUGAAAUCAUGCAAAAUGUACACAAGUAGUAUAUUUAAAUCGAAGGUUGCAAGGUUUUCAAAGCAAUGUAAAACAUUUUAUGGUGCUCCUGCUCGCUAUAACGAUAUGGACGCUUUUAAGGCAACUAAAAACUUCAAAUCCCACAAUGCUCUUGAUGUUUCAUUCAAUGCCACCAGUCGCAAAAAAGAACUAUUUGAUGAAGUCCAUAUUAGGAAUCCUUGUCCUUCUUCAUACGAAGUUAGAAAGGGACUUGAUGAAAGAGGUUACAUUGUACCACAAUCUCCAAGAUGGAAAGAACCUGCGGAUAAUUUUCCAGGACCUGGAUCGUAUUUGAUUCAUCCGAAGUUUAGAAGCAGCAUGUUUAACGCCUAUAAUACAUAUAAUUUGAUCUUGAAAGAAGAUGUGCUUAAAAUGAGCUUACGAAAACAGAGUAAACUGAAAUGGGCGAAACGUGCUAAGGAGCUAAAGAAAAGUAAGAAACUGAGGUGGUUCGAAAACGAAGGAAAAGGUUAUGUGCAUUGUCAUAAAGAUCUAACGUUGUACAAAAAUUAAAUUAUAAUCAUAAUCAACUGU